AUGAAGGGUAAAAACCUGUUUGGUAAGAAAGCUUAUGAUUUGUGCUUCGUACCUAAUGUCAAGAUCCCUGUCAAAUUGAAGGUUCUUAACUUUGAAAAGUACAAGGGUAAUUCUUGUCCUCAGAGUCACUUGACAAUGUAUUGUCGGAAGAUGGAUACUCACAUUGAUGAUGACAAGUUGUUAAUCCAUUAUUUUCAAGAUAAUUUGACAGGUGUAACUUUGAAGUGGUAUAUGGGGCUGGACAAUGCUUAUAUCAGUUAUUUCAAUGACCUUGUAAAUGCAUUUAUGCGUCAGUACAAGUAUAAUUUGGACAUGGCUCCUGAUCGUGACCAACUUUGUGCCAUGUCGCAGAAGGAUAAUGAAUCAUUCAAAGAGUACGCUCAUAGAUGGUAUAAAGUUGUUGCUAAGAUUAACCCUUCAGUGGAGGAGAAGGAGAUGAUAAAGAUGUUUCUCAAGACUUUGAGUUCUUUGUAUCAUGAGAGGAUGGUUGCUAGCGCUCCAAAUUAUUUUACUGAAAUGGUUGGUAUAUUAGUCAGAUUGGAAGAAGGCGUCAGAGAGGGUCGUUUGAAAAAACAAGCAAGUUCUCCAAGUGGAACAAAGAAGUAUGGUAACAGUUUCCAGAAGAAGAAAGAAGGAGAUACUAAUGCUAUUUCUCAUGGAGGAAGGCAAAGAAGACCCAGAAAUGGAAGUGAUCUUCAUAAUCAAUCUCAACAAUAG